CAACCAAGCCCAGCCAAGAUGUUCUCCAUGUGCACCAAGGUGAAAUCGCGGAGUGCGGACGCGGAUGCCUCGUUCAUGCACCAGUCGCAGCAGAUGCAGCAGCUGCAGCUGCAACAGCCCCAGGCGAUGGGAACUGGCGGCAAACAAAUCAAGGGUGGCUAUCUGCUGCGCUACAAAAAGCAAAUGUUCUGGAACCGCUGGGCGGAGGAGUGGGUGGUGCUGUACGACGACUCGACCAUGGCCUGGUUCACAGAGCCAGGGCGCUCCUCGCCGACGGGCAAGAUCCUGGUCAAGGAGGCGCCCGAGAUGCUGGCCAUCGCCCACUGGACCGGCCAGAUCCCACGUCGUCCGCCGCUGCCCGCGGGCGUGAAUGUGUCCCAGCUGAUUGCCCUCGGAUCGCAGCGCAAGCGGUCGAAGGUCUACUGGAUGCUGGCCAAGUCGGAGCAGGAGGUGAGCGACUGGAUCGAUGCGAUUACCAAGACCCUGCCUCCGCCGCCCCAAAUCGAGCUGGUGGUGGACAAGCCGCAUCUGAUGAACGUGCUCCGACGUCCUCUGGUGCGCAUUAGACCUGCCACCCAGUCGGAGGUGAAGCAGCGCAAGGCAGCGUCCCACGGAGCCAGCAGCAGUAAGCACCACCGCUGCUCCUCGGCGAUGACCACGAAGCUGUACAGGCAGACCCAGGAUCCGCUGGUGAAGAGCGACGCGGCGGUGGCCAUUCUCAGCAAGAAGCCGGACUCGAAGGCCUCGCUGGCCUGUGCCCUGCCCUGGGGCCACGGCUGGGGAUGGGCCACGCUGCCCAACGGGGUGUGGAGCGGGGGACUCACCUGGUCGCAGUGCGAGGACACCUUCACCCUGCACGCCCUGCCCACCACCCACUGCACCAACCUGAUCGACACCUCCUGCAGCGGGGCGGUCUACCACACGGACAUCGGCGGCUUCGACUUUCACUCCUCGGGCGUGGACGACAUUGGGGGCGAGGACUUCGACUACGCCAUGGACUGCGGCGACUUCAUAUUCUAAGCUCGAAACCCUCCAGCACACAUUCAACCAGCCACCCACCCGCGGGCAGGACUCAUUCGUCCUUGUCCCGCUGAUUUGGUCUUCGAUUGGAAGGAGCUGAGCAACUGGUAGUCGCUUGGGUAGUAUUUAAUAUUUAACCGUGCUUUCGUUAACCUCUGAGUGUUAGGUGUUGCUAAAAGGGAAAGGGAACUUCCUAGCGUUGCGUAUACGCCCCAUUGUCCUUGUCCCAUUCCGGUUCACAAUCCCGCUGUACCCAUUAGCGUGUUUAACUUCGUGUAUUGCCCUAAUUGCAUUAAGAAGUUCAACUGCCAAUACAUACAAAAUACGCGCGAGUGUUUUCCCAUUUCCCUCAGUGUGCUAAAAUAUAUAUAUACACAUACCUGCGGCCAAUCAAAUAGUUGUGACAUCUUGCAACAUUGUACGAUGUGAGUUCUGCAAAUGAUUACCUUUUUAAGCAAGCUUGCUGUCUAUAAAGUUGACGAGCACAUAACGAAGAAAUGUCUGAAGAGAAUUCCGGAAAUUAAAAGUCAAGUUUGCUCUAAAAGUUUAAAUUUUAUAUGAUGAAAUUGUGAGUUAAAAAAUACCAGUCAGUUACGGGGAUACUUAAAGACACUUUUUCAAAUAUUUAUGUGAGAAAAUCGGAUUUCAAAUAUUACGAAACUAAACAACAUAAAGGGUGCCCGAUACCAGAUGUACCUUUUUUGAAAACAAAAUUGACUGCAACGAUGUUUUAAAAUUUGUACAAAAAGUUAUUUUGAUGCCACAACUAUUGUGACCGCCGCUGUAGUUGCCUUUCAACUAUCUGGCAGAUACACGUGUGUCUAUUUAUCCACCAAUAUAUGUAUAUAUGUUAAGCCGCACACUCGCCAACCUCCAACCCACAACCCACCCACCACAGCACCCCCAAACCGCAUUCAGCCAUCGCAGUCGCAGUUGCAACCACAAGCAUUUGAAAUGCGAAAAUAUUUUUGCAUCGCGCAUAUAAGUAGGCUACAACAUAUUUUUGCACUCGACAAGCGAACAAAUUACAAUAAAUAACGCAGACGAGACGAAACGACAUAUAAAAUUAAAAACGAGAAAAACAACCGCAAGAGAUUGAAAUACUUUUGUGUAUUUUGAGACUUUUGAAAUUUAUAUUGAUGCAAUUUGUAAUGGAAACACUUUCCAAAUUGUUUUGCCAUGAUUUUCUAGAAUUUUUGAAAUCGAUAGUAUUUAACCGCAAACCCAAAGCCCGAAAAACCCCGAAACCCAAGCGUCCCCCCGCAAAAACCCAUUUUUGUGUGCAAAUUUUUGAAACAUUUAUACAGAUACAGCGCGCUUAAAUUAAGCAAGUCGAAAAAUCGAUACAAGUUUAAUAUAAUUGUGUAAAGGCAAAAACAAAUGCGGAAAAUCCAACGCAGAAUUUUAAAGUGGAGCAUAGCAAUUUUUAUAUAGCAUGUUAAACAGAAAUGACAGUAAACAGGACAACCAGGUAAAUAACAAGUAAUUAAAAGAGGUAAAAACGAACUCUAGUCGUAAUAAAACGCAUUCACCCGCAACACACACACACAGCCCACACACAACCACAACCACAACCCCUAGUGUUAGUGUUAGCACUUAAGGCAUGGCAUCCAAAUGUCAGUUUAGUUUACGAAACUAACUCACUCAGAUCGACAUACCCACCCGUACUGAUGUAAAGUUUAUAAAACAAAAAAAUCAAGCGAAACCACAAAAAACAAGUUAGCAACCCAGGAAAAAUCACAGAGUAUAAAGCCAAAGACGUGUAUACACAUGUACGAGUAAUUAGCAGUUAAGAACACAUUCGAAAUCACAGGCAUUGCAUGGCAGAACCGAAUGAAAGGUAACACUGCUCACAUUCAUCCCACAUCGAUUCGAUUUUGAAUUUGAUUUUGAGGAACUUUCGCCACAAUAUGUGAGGAAGGGAAACGCCGCUACGGACACCUUGAGAAAACUGUAACUGUAACUGUAACUGUAACUGUACGAUUAGGCAUAUAUAGUAACUAGGCUAAGUCGGAGCGCCCGUUUAGUUAUAUAUUACGAUAUGUACGAUAAAUGUAUGAACCGUAAGAUUGUGCAGGUUUUCAAAAUGUUGCAUGCCGCGAAUAUGCAUAGAGCUAGAAUAUAGAAUCGCGAAAUAUUAUGUAAAAUACGGGUAACAGGACUCACCAAGUCCCUACGCAUCUGUUGCAUGUCCUUGUACGCGCGUGUAUACUUAUAUAUUACUAUACUUAUGUACAACAAUAACCAAGAGCAAAGCUACACGAAUCGAAACCCUUAAACCUGAGCCCGCAGCCUUAGCUAUCACACCCCAACACCCACCACUCGCUACCAGCCCCAUAUGUAAUACCCAUAGCCACUAUAUAGUCGGGAGCAUUAGCAGGAGCAUUAGCAGGAGCAGGAGCUAGUCGGGCAACGCGGAAACACAUACAUACUCGUAUAGAACCCGCCACGUAACGUAAUUGAAAUGUAGACUAAAAGACUUAAGCAAUUGUCGUUUAGACGUUAAAUUAGAGCGCAUUGAAUGUUGGCUUUUAGUUCUAGACACAGAGCGAUGUGCGGAGCGAUGUUUAGGAACAUAUUUAAGGAUAUCCUCACCACAAUGUUUUAGUCUGAAGCCUAGCCCGAAUAAAUCGAAAUCGAAAUCGAAAUUUGUUAGCGAGCGAGUAUAAAAUCGAGUCGAAAAUGCGAAAACCAAACUAAAAACCUAAUGAAAAACGAAAAUAAACGUAAAAGUAAAAUCAACCUUGGACAAUCACGCAUACGCAUGUAGGAAAACAGGAUUAAAUAAUGUAUGUAAAUUGUUUAAGCCUUGGGUCGGCAGCAACAAAGGACCGGCGAUAGCUUGUGUGGCAUAGUCUUAGCACGUCCAGCACGGGGUCCUUGUGGGCUCCGUGAACUCAACUAAUCUAAACAAAUGGAAACAAAACACACACGAUGCGAUUCGAUUGAGGGCUCGAGUUGGGCCAAGCUUCAAUUAAGUGUCAAUCCCCCACGCUAUUCAGUUGAACCGAGAAGUAUUUUUGUAAACUUUAUUAAGAACACCGAAAUCGCUAACGAAACCGAAACUAAAUACAAAUACAAAUACAAAGAGAAAAAGAAAAAUGAAAAUGAAAAACAAAAACAUGAACAUUGAUGUUUUAAAACCGAAAUAAGCAAAUGUAAAACAAAAGUAUACUUUAGAGGCAAAUUUUUGUAGUAUAAUUGUACACUUAAACUGCAUUUCCGAUGUUAGCUGAACAACCAUAUAUAGUGUAUACAGACACCCACUUAUAAGUGUAUAGCGAGCGCGAAUCGAGCGAGAUACUCGCACACCCGUUUUUAUUGUGCUGCGCAUUUUCAGCGGGCGGCUGAACUGUGAAUAGUACCUUAGGUAGCGUGGCAUCGCGUGUAAGCCGCAUUUGAUGUAACCAAAUUAUGAAAUUGUAGAACCAGCGACCGAGCGGAAAUCGGUGGCAGGUCGUUGUGAAAUGAUCCGUGAGAGGGGCAGCCCAAGGGAGCGGGCGACGAGUAACCGGAAGCGGAAGCAGGCUUCCAUCCGGCCAUCUUGGCAGGCGUUGCGUAUACGCCCCGGCGGUCCCAGCUGCAACUCACAUUAGGCUAGUAAGUUCGCGUUGUUUGUUAUCAGUGUCGUUGAUGUUGAUGUUGAAAUUGCCGUGUCAUUGUUAAACGUAUUCAAGUUGUAAUCCGACGGCGUUCGGAAUUAGCUGUUUUUGGGAACCAGAGAGCGCAGGAAGCGGUUAAGCAGUUAAGCAGUUUAGCAGGGCGGCACUCAUCGACCCACGCAGAAGAUUAUACAAAUUAUACAAGCUAGCAUAUAUACAUUACAUAGGUGUGCAUAGUACCCGUACCCACGUAUAUACAUUGGUGUGAAAAUCCUCAGACGAGGCUUAGAACUCGAACCAACCCCAAAUGUCAAGAAGUUUUAAUCCACUAGCCGAUUCGGGCCUUCCGAAUCCGGCGCGCAGCCUUGCCAAAGACUCUUCCAAAUCCCUCGAGUUUCCCCCCGAACAGUAAUUAGCGAAGUAACUACGUAAUUCUAUAGAUGUGUAUGUGUCUAUAAAUAUAUUUUGUAGACGUUCACUCGCCAGACGCCGCCAAGUUGGAGGAAAUUAAAAAUCUAGAGCCAACCCAGGAAGCCAUCGGCCAGAAACCCAAAGAUCUUUUCGUGUGGCAGGCUCAGGUUCAACCAACUCAAGCCGAGAGCCCAGAGCCAAGAGCCAAGAGCAAGUGCUGCCACUCUCCUGGCCAACUUAACAAGUUAAGAGAGGAGCCGAGUACGCUCUCAAAUGGUUUCAAAACCGCAGCCCAAAACAAGCGAACAAUGUACGAAUAAUUAUUAUGAAAACGAUGAGCAAAUGGACGCUAAGCGAAUAGCAAAGAAGUCAUCAAAUGAAUCAGCCAACGAGCAACUAGCAAAGCUCAAAUGCCCUACUCAAAUAUAAUUUGGCUCUCGCUAAAUUAAAUUGUACUCCAAAUGAAAAAAAAUCUUUUCUGCUCAAAUUUUGCUUUUUUGAGAACCAAAAUCAUAUGAAAAUAGUUCAUUUAUUUACUGAAAGGGUACAAUCUGUUAGUGUAUUAACUAGUGAUAUCCCAUAAAUAAUUCAUCGCAAAAUAAUAAAAUAUAUUAUUUAUAUUUGUUAGAGAUAAAUAUUAUU